UCCAGCACGAAAGGCGGGUCUUGGAUUACGUCGGAUGUUUUUGCGGGUUUUCAGCUCGGAGUUUGCGAACUUUUCAUCAUCUUUUUGACACCCGCUUGUAAAAGAAAACCUUUAUUUGCCCUCCUCUCCGCCGCAUGCAGGCCCGCGGGACCACAACAUGGACCUGCACAUUCUGGACCACCGGCUGCGGGUCACCAGCAUAGCCAAGAGCGGGCUGGUCCAUUUUACACACCCGCUCAUCAAACUCAUCUUCCUCCGGAACCGGACCCGAUGCAAGUUCCUCAGUCUGACCGAGACCCCUGAGAACUACACGGUGGUGUUGGACGAGGAGGGAUUCAAAGAGCUCCGCCCCUCCGAGCACCUCCAGGUGGAGAGCUCCGUGUGGCUGCCGCUCAACGUGGCCUCCAACGCCAACGCCUCCGUCGGCUCGCAGGCGGUGGGCGUGACCAAGAUCGCCAAGUCCGUCAUCGCGCCGCUGGCCCGGCAGCACGUCUCCGUCUUCAUGCUGUCCACGUACCAGACCGACUUCAUCCUGGUGCGGGAGAAGGACUUGUCGGUGGUGGUCCGCACUCUGGAGGAGGAGUUCAACAUCUACAAGGAGGUGGGAGGAGAGUCGCUCCUCGUCCACAACCAGGACGUUUCCAACGGCCUCUACAAGAGCGGCAAAGAGGCCUUGCAGUCCACACUCCACCCGGUCCUCAUCCCUCAGAACCAGUUCUGUGUCAUGUCCCUGGACCCGGACACGCUGCCCUCCAUCGCCACCACGCUCAUUGACGUCAUCUUCUACUCCAGCAGUCCUAAAGAGUCUGAAGACUUGGAUCGCAUCAAGUUCUUCUCCUUCUCCCUCAUCGACGGCUACGUCUCGCUGGUCAUGGACACGGACGCUCAGCGACACUUCCCCGCCGACCUCCUCUUCACCAGCUCCUCGGGGGAACUGUGGCGGAUGGUGCGCAUCGGGGGACAGCCGCUGGGCUUCGACGAGUGUGGCAUCGUGGCGCAGAUCUCCCAGCCGCUGGCGGAUUGCGACAUCUCAGCGUAUUACAUCAGCACCUUCAGCUUCGACCACGCUCUGGUGCCGGAGGAGGACAUCGUGAGCGUGAGCGACAUGCUGCGGCGUCAGAGGAAGGACCCCGCAGCUGAUGCCUGAGUACAAGUCACUUCCUGUUUACGCAAUAGCAGCUCACAAUAACGACUGACACUUCUUUUUUGUAUCCGUUUCGCUAUGAAAAUGGCGUCCGAGAAGUUAUGUUUUUUUUUAUAGGUCAGCAUUUGGUGUCAAAAAAUUAUUAUUAAUGUUAUUAUAAUUAACCAAGGUCAAUAACUCUUGUUAUAGUUUCUUGUUAUUUGCACAAACCUCAGUUGGUAUUCACGUCACAAAGUACUUUGAGUAUUUUGUACAUUUUUGAAAUGUUACUUUUCUGUUUGUAACUUUAUCAGUAAAAUGUUGGAAACACUCACU